GUUGCAGAAAGUGCCUGGAUGCUGGUUUCCCUCUCCAGCAUAUGUGACUAGUCCUACAGUGGGGCGACUGAUAGGGCGGCAAAGCGGCUGAAAAAAACGGGGUUUAAAGCCGCUGCGAAAUGGCUGGACAGCAGUUUCAGUACGACGACAGUGGCAACACCUUUUUCUAUUUCCUCACGUCCUUUGUGGGACUAAUAGUAAUCCCAGCCACCUAUUACCUCUGGCCCCGGGAUCAGAAUGCGGAGCAAUUAAGAUUGAAGAGCUUACGACGAGUCCAUGGAAGAUGUCUGUGGUAUCGCCUUCGGCUGAUGAAAUCACAGCAGAGCAUUGUUCCAACACUUAAAAAAGCAGCCCUGUUGUUUGGGUGGGCAGUAUUUCUUCUCCUGGCCUAUAAGGUGUCUAAAUUAGAUCGAGAGUACCAGGAGUAUAACCCCUAUGAGGUCCUCCAUUUGGAAGCAGGAGCGUCUGUUGCUGAGAUUAAGAAACAGUACAGAGUGCUGUCUCUGAAACACCAUCCUGAUAAAGGUGGAGAUGAGGCCAUGUUCAUGAAGCUUGCUAAAGCUUACUCUGCUUUAACGAAUGAGGAAGCACGGGAUAACUGGGAGAAGUAUGGCAACCCUGAUGGCCCAAGAGUGACAAGUUUUGGAAUCGCUCUUCCUGCGUGGAUUGUUGAUCAGAAAAAUUCCAUGCUGGUGCUGCUGGUCUAUGGGUUGGCUUUUAUGGUUAUACUUCCUGUGGUUGUGGGCACAUGGUGGUACCGCUCCAUCCGCUACAGUGGUGAUCAGAUCCUCAUCAACACAACACAGCUUUUCAUGCACUUUAUGUACAAAACGCCUACAAUGAACAUGAAACGAUUGGUGAUGGUUUUGACGGCAGCAUUUGAAUUUGAUCCUCGUAGUAACAAAGAGGCCAUCAUAAGACCAACAGACAACAUAGAAGUUCCACAGUUGAUUCGGGAGCUGGGGAACAUUAAUGUGAAGAAGAAGGAGCCUCCGUUCUGCUAUCCCUACAGCCUGAAGGCUCGAGUCUUACUACUUACACACCUUGCAAGGAUGGAUGUUUCUGAGAACAUAGAGGAGGGUAAGCAUUCACAAACACCUCUCAAGUGUCAACAUUUAAUCCUGUUAGAUAAUAGCAGACCAACUACCAGCUUACAGGCAAUAUAUUAA